AUGGAUAUGACUGAAAUUGGUGGAUGCUUAAAAGGGGAAAUGCUGGAUAAUAUAAUACAGAGUAGACACAUGAGAGUUGGUGAAUUUGAAGUGAUGUUUCUAGGAAUAUUAGGCCAAAGACUCAAUUGCGAUAAGGAAACAGAGGGAGCUUGCUAUAACUUUAAUCCAAAUGAAGAACAGAAUCAAAGUUUGAUUAAGAAACAUGAAAUAGAGCACUUUGCUCUUGAUUUUCCUUUGCAAAAUGCCGAAAUCAAAACCUGUAUUUGGUUGCAAGACAAGAGGCUGUUGAUUGAAUUUCAAAGAAGCACAAUCCUUGAACAAUGCACUUGCUUGCUGUUAGAUGUUUAUCAAAUGGAACAGACUGAAACACCCCAGAUUUUGGAUUUUCAGGGAUUGACUUCGUGGAAUUUCAAACAUCUGAUAUAACAGCGGUGGUUUUCUGCAAUCUUUGAGCAUGCAGAGAAGGAGAAGGAUCUUAAAUGUAUGGUGGUUGUGAGCAAGGGUUGUACCAUGAGCUUUGGGAGUGGUACAAUGACAUCAUUGCCUGAAAGCCCUGAUAGGUGUGCUUGAGCCUUCAAUUUUGAGUUGUAAAACUGUGACGAUUCACCUACUUGUUCAAAAGGAGGAGCCUCAACUCAACAACAUUAGCCCUUGAAAAAUAAAUCUUGGAAUUAUAUUUAAUUGUUGGUAGUAUAAUUUUGAAAUGUUAAAACUACCGGUCAAUUUACAAAAAAAAAAAUGUGGGAGAAUUAAUUAUGAGUAGUGGAAUAUUAUGAGCUCAUUGUUCAUGGAAUAUUAGGAAAAAUAUAAAAAUGGAAAUAUAUAUAUAUACACACACAC